AUGAUAUCCACUCAAUCAAACUUAUCGGACACACUAUCUAUAAACAAUGUGUCAUUAACAGAGUUCCUGGAUGCAACUGGAUUAGACCGAGACAUUCCCGAUAACACUCCCUGGCCAUACACCUUUGACAAUGAUUUACAAGUAAAAAAGGCAACAAUACUGCGAUCCUUGCCACAACCGAUUGCUACCUCUUCGACGUCUAUCUCAUACAAACAAACAUUCGUUGAGAUAUCAUUGCAAGGAAAGGGUGGGUUUGGGAGGGUAUAUAAAGUGGAGCACAAAUUGACUGGUCAGAUAUCUGCCAUUAAACAGAUCCAAUUAAAAGACUCCGAAGAAAAUGCAAAUACUUUGAAAGAAGUGGAGAUUUUAGUGAAAGUUAAGUCACAAUAUGUGGUCGAGUGUUAUCAGUCAUGGCGUGAACCCGGGUUUCUAUUCAUACAAAUGGAGUUCUGUUCACAGAAUUUAAAGGAUAUUCUUAAAGAUAAACCACAAUUAUGUGGCUUCGAUUUGGCUACAGUUCACGACAAACGCAUUCACGAUAUGAGCACACAGAAACAUACGCCAGAUGUCGGGGAUAUGAGAUAUCAGGCACCAGAAAAUAUACAAGGUGAAUUGUUUGACGUCGAGGUUCAUACUAUUGACGAUAACAGGUCAUUGGCAUACUCAUCAAAUAAUAUGCAAUACUUAGCACAAAUUCAAGAAAACGAAAACCGCAACAAAAUAUUGGUUAAGGAGAUUAGGUGCGAGUUAAAGGAGCAAGGUAGAUUGACACAGUUCCUGAAUGACACUGGACUGCACCGGGAGGCUAUUGGUAUGGCUGAGAUAUUCCAUAUGGAGCAGCCCUGGCCCUACACUCAUGGCAUGGAUCUAAAGGUUAUAAACGCGAAAAUACUGCGAUCCGGAAAUUCCCGAUACUUUUCAAUGGACUCCAGUCCCAGGGGUCGGGCCAUAGUGUUUCUGACAGUCGAUGGUCUGAAGGAAGAGGUGGACCGAUGGAAGUCCAUCUUUGAACAGUUAGACUUCCGGUGCGACGUGUAUGAGAAGGCCACGUGCUCUCAGAUAAGGGAUGUGCUGUCGGGGGUGUCGUGUCAGCGGUUUGAUACCGACGCCCUCCUCGUCAUGUUUAUUGGCGGCGGUUAUGACGAGAAGAUCCGCGGUUUCUGCAGAAAACCUCAACAAAUUGAAAACAUAUCACUAAAUGGCCAUAAUCGCACCUAUCUCAUUAAUGCACACUCUAACUGUACCGAGAACAACAUGUUUGCGACUUACAUUGGAGCAUGGUGA